GGGGGGAGAAUGCCAGGGCUGGACAGCUAAAUGGAAACACUGAACCCUUGCCCCCUUCUUUGCUGAGUGAUACAUGUAAUGCUCACAGAUUAGCUGCACCCGAUGGGGUUUAAAUGAGAACAUCAUUUGGGAGUACUAAGACUUGUUGUGUGUGUACUGUCUGUGUGCCCUAUUGAAGGUGAGACUGGAGUGCUUUAGUAGUGUGUGUGUGCGCGCGCCUGUGGUAAGCCUACUUGUGAUUCUAUAGUUCCUAAUAAUUGGGCGUGAGUCCAUUAAACUAUUGUAWUCACGCCAUGCCAUCUGCCUUCACAAUUGAACACCUAAAAGGAGAAUUGCAUUUAACGAGACAUUUCUGUUUGCGCCCAACUGUCAGGCAAGCUAGUGCAGCUGAUUUUCCCCCGUGCUGUAACUGAUAACGGUGCUUAGCAACAUGAGUCUUGACUCCUUCAACUCCCUUACUCCAGUCUAAACUGUCAAAGGAAAGGGUCAGUGUGGACAUAGUGUCAUGUCAGAGAGUUCAAAGGUCAGUCUGACAGGUCAUCUUUCAUAGGCACUGAUGUGUUGUUUUUGGGGCCCUGGAUGAAGUUGUUUGGUCUUUGAAUGCCCCUGAUUGUAUCCUACUAUCCAUUUCUAUUUCUAUUUGUGAUACAUUUAUGUUUUGGUCACAGUUAUUCCGGUACUGCCGGAGUAGUAUUUUAUAUUAGAUCUUUGCCAAAUUAGGUUUUGAGUGAGUUUACAAACCAUUACCUGCUGGAKAAUUAAUUCUCAACUUUAAUUCCACAUAGGCCUAGUUUGUUCUCCCUCAAAGCGUCAGAGCAGUUUGGACUUGUUCUAGCCAGACAGACUCAUGAAUCAGUCGAGCCUUGAGGGCACCUGAACGUUUAAUUUGAAGAAUGUUUUCACUGGAAGAGCCUCUCUUUGCCAGUUCCUUCCCGUUUUCGUGCUCACUAAUUGUUAUUUUCCCCUGCCAUUGCUAAGCAUGGCUCUGUACAAAAUGAGCCGUGUUUUUUGGGGGGAGGUUUUUAGCCUCCCUCACUGUUUUUAGUCUCGCUUUUGGGGUGUACGCAUGUGACGUGCGCGGGAAGGUGGGCGAGGACUAGGUGCUUAAAUAAGCAGCCAGCACGGAUCACUCUGUAACCUGAGAGUGGGGCUAUAAAUACCCCUAACCUUUCCUGCCUGUGUCUGUUUGUGUGUGGUUUCUCCGAGCGCUGUACAGGGCAGCCUGGCUUGGUUAUUCUCUAGGACAAUACUCCCUGCUGUACAAGACACUACACUGAUGUCAGCCUAGAACCUUCGAGCCUCCAGAAAAAUGAAUUGGAAGGAAUUAGGCAACCGCAUUAAACAUCUUGCUGCUGCAGCUCACCCCUUCCACUGGGCUGUUAAAUGUCACGGUUGAUAAGACGUUUCUCCCAGUGUCGGAGUGAGUGCCAGAUUUCUGCAGUUCCAGCAGCAGCCCCUCGUUCCAGCCCAUCCGCAGUCAGAUUCCCAUCCCCACUGCCCAUGUCAUGCCUUCCACGGCCGGACCACCGGCCUCCAAACCCCAGCCCUGUUCCCAAGAAGAUUGCCAGGCUUCUGCCGAGGCACACAGGCCCUCCUCGGGCUCCCGAACAUCCAGUGGAACCUCCAGCUCGAAGUCGUCCUCCCUCUCCAAAUCAGCCUCUUCCCCCAACCUGGACAUGGCACAAGACGGCAUGGGGGGAGCUGACCCCGCCGGGCCCAAGCCAGACUGCUUGAGCCGCUACCGCAGCCUCGUGAACGGACUAGACCACUCUUUGUUCCCCUCGGGGGACCACUCUUGCAUGGAAGAGGGCCAGAGGUUUGACAUGCCCGCCAUGGAGCCCACAAUGAACCAAUCUGCCCUGCUGGCGGGCUACUGCCCCGACGUCCGACUCAGGCUCCAGAUGACCAGCCUGGGGGUGACUCCCGAGUGCAGCGGAGAAGCCUACAGGGGCGCCAUGGAGCACUCGUACAAGGCUCUCCCCGAGACAAGGCCAGGGGUCCCCGGAGCUCCAGACCCCUACAGCCAGAGGAGCAGCCAGCCCGGUGGAACUGUGGCUGGGUCAGCAGGUGUGUACCCCAGCUCUCUGUAUCUGCAGACCCAGGCUCUGUUGAGAGAGGCCAAGGCCUAUGAACCCAUGCUGCAGGAGAGAUGCAGCGAGCUGCUCAGUUGGCAGCAGCAACAGCAGCACAAGCAGCAGCUGGAGAGUCUCCGCGUGCAAGUGGAGCAGAUGCAGAUGAUGACUGCUGGAGUGGGCCAGUACCCUGCUCUCUACUCCACCCCCUCCAUGCCACCAGAGACCAGGAAGUGGGAGGCGGCGAUCAAAGCCAACGAGAGCAUUCUGAAGGAGAAGGAGCUCGUCAUCGAGAGACAGAAGCAGCAGAUGUCUCAGCUGGAGCAGCGGCUGCGGGAGAGCGAGCUGCAGGUCCACGGAGCCCUGCUCGGCCGCGGCGCUCCGUACGGCGACGUGUGUCUGCUCCGACUGCAGGAGGCUCAGAGGGAGAAUGCCUUCCUGCGGGCCCAGUUUGCAGAGCGCGGUGACUGCGCCGCCCAGGAGAAGGCGGAGGCGGAGCGCCGCCUCGGUGCCGUGGAGGCGGAGACGCGGCGCCUGAACGAUGCGCUGAGGGAGACCAGCGAGAGGCACGCCGAGGAGCUGAAGAAGCAGGAGGAGAGGAUUCGCAGCCGGGACAAGCACAUCAACAGCCUGAAGAAGAAGUGCCAGAAGGAGGCAGAGCAGAGCCGAGAGAAGCAGCAGCGCAUCGAGACUCUGGAGCGCUACCUCGCUGACCUGCCCACUAUGGAGGACUACCAGGGCCAGAGCAAACAGCUGUCGGAGGCGGAGCAGCGGGCGUCCCAGCUGCAGGGCCGGGUCAGGGAGCUGGAGGUGUGUCUGGAGGAGRGUCGCUCACACACCCGGGAGAAGGACUCCCAGCUGGAGGAGCAGAGACGCAGGGAGAGGGAGCUGCUCACCACUGUCACCAGUUUACAAGAGCGGGUGCAGGAGGGCCUGGAGGACGGGGCAAGGUUACCCUCCCUGGAUGUGGAAAUACUCCGAGGGGAGAACAGCAGCCUGAGAGAGGAACAGCAGAGACUUAAAAAGGUCCUAGAGAARCAGCUGAGGGUGAUGGAGAAACUGGGCGCCCAGAUCGUAACCCUGGAGGAGCAGCUGUCUCAGGAGGAGAGCAGCUCCCAUGCGAUGAGAGAGGAGGUUUGUUCUAAAGAGCAGGGUUUGCUCCAGCUCCGCACAGCCAUGAAGGAGCUGUCGGCCCAGAACCAGGAACUAAUGGAGCAGAACCUGACCCUCCAUGAGCGUCUGGAGGACUCRGAGAGGGUGAACCUGGACCGGACGUCGUCCUCGCUGCGGCCGGCCGGGGCCCGCCUCACCCAGCGUCUCCACGGGGAGAUGGCCUCGUGCCUCUGUGACCUGCGCUCCCUCUGCAACGUGCUGACCCAGCGGUCACAGGGCCGAGACCCCAACCUCUCGCUGCUGCUUGGCAUUACAUCUCCCCCGCCCAUGGCAGAGCAGGUGGAUGAUUGGCUGAGUCCUGAGGUCCUCCAGAGGAAGUUGACUGAAGCCCAGCAGCUGCGUCGUGACGUGGAGGAGCUCCGCACCACCGUCUCAGACCGCUACGCCCAGGACAUGGGAGAGAACUGCAUCACCCAGUAGCCCCAGCUGCUAGCCUGUCUCUAAAACAGACUGAACCAUCAGGCUAAUUGGUUAAGGGUUCCAUGUUGGCCUUGCUUCUUCCAUACUCCAUUGAGUAUGAACUGGAAUCUCAUGUUGGCCCAUUGGGGACGGAAUCCUUGAUCAGGUCAUGCAUUUCAGUCAAAGGGCUUACGGUGAAAGAACUGUUCUCAAACCAGUGUGUGUUUUUUGUUUUUAUAAGUGUUUUACUGAUACAUUUGUGUCUUUGUGUUGUCAGAGGCCCUCCCCUCUUUUUAUGACACACAUGGAUGGGGUUGUGUUGUCUUUUUAAAUCUAACACUAUUUUAUUAUUUAAAUCUUCCCUCUGGGGAAGUAAUGUUGGAUGUGGUUGACAAUCAACUGAAAAUAUUUAAAUCUGUUUUUGAGUGAUUCAACAGGGAAUGUUACUAACCCAGUUUUUUUUUUUUUAUGGCAUAUUUGUAGCAUUGGACUCGGGCGUGUGGGUGGCUUUUAACAGUGGUAGGGCUAAUACUGAAAAGACAUYCUGUCAGCAUUAUAACUGAGAUAUUGUUCAGAGCCAUCUGUCCCGUCUGUAAAUUAUUAUUUUUAUGUUAGCAGAUAUUUCUCUCAGGUAGUGGGCUUGCUUUGAUGUCCAAUCGUGCCUGUCUGUGCUUUUGCUGUCGUCACCAUGCAAGCCAAUACACUCCCAGGCAAAUUUGCUAGUGGCUUUCUUUCUCUCAACUUGACUUAUUUUGGUGUUUCAGCCGACCGAUCAACUCAAUACAUUCCUUAAACAUUGCUYCAUGGGUUGUCCUCGAAGAAGAAGACAUCUGUCACAGCUAGUUAUGGGGGAAGCCAUUUUACACACUCCUUUAACAGUGUUUGUGGUACUGGUUUGUUGGUAAGGGUCUGUUCAGUCUUGCAGAGCAACAUACUGUAACCUAACAGGUGAGUCCCUGUGCCUACUUUGUCCUUUAUACACUGUUCACUUUGGUGCCCUUAUCUGUACUAGCAAAAUGCUAUCUAAUAGCAAGAAAUGAUUGGUUUCAAAUGAAUAACUUUAACUAAUGGAUGUCAGUAUUUUGUCAUUAAAAAAAUGCGCGACAURACUGAACACUAACUUUAUUCUAGUUUGUUUCAGUGGUCGAAGAGCAAAAAGAGUUCAUUUAUUGAUGGAAUGUCACGUCAAAUGCUUUCCUUCAGUUGACGAACAUCAUGACACUAAGUUGGGACAGACUUGUCUAGAUGAGACUGAGUUCUCAUUUGAACUAUAACCAAGUUAGACAAUUUGCCUUAUGUCAUAUUUUUAUAUUGAAUUUAUCCUUAAUUGUAUUUACUGAAAUAAAGUUUGUUUUCAAUAA